AUGCUGGGCCGGCUCGUGGCGCUGCUGCUGCAGCGGCUGCUGCGCAGCUUUGGCCUGGACGCAGCAGAAGUGUCUGCCAGCGCCCGCGAGGGCCUGGUGGUCAAGGGCCUGGUUUGCUGCUGCAGCAGCCUCAGCUCUGUGCUGCUGCUGCACUCGCUGCUCAUUGGGGAAAUUCGAAUUGAGGCCUCAUGGAAGCAGCUGCUGCAGCAGCUGCUGCUGCAGCAGCAGGGGCUUCUGCAGGUGCACGUACACCGCGUCUAUGCCCUCGUGGCCACGCAAAGCGACCUGCCCACUGCGGGCCUCAACGCGAAGCAGCAGCAGCAGCAGCAGCAGCAGCAGCAGCGGCAGAGCUUGUGGACGCGCAUGCAUGGAGUUUUUUUCUCGCCCCUGUGGCGCGCCGUGGGGGGCCUCCUAAUCAGAGGCCCACACGCUUCCAGCAGCAGCAGCAGCAGCAGCAGCAGCAGCAGCAGCAACAGCAGCAAACCGGGGCGUCUUGGCAUUCAGCAGAAGCUGCUGCAGCGGGUUCUGCUGCUGCUGUCUCGAAAGCUGUCAGUUCGCAUUGAAGAUGUCCACCUGCGGCUGGAGGACGCAACGGGACGUGCGCAUUUUGCUGCAGCAGCAGCAGCUGCUGCAGAUGGCCCGUGGGAGCAGCUGCAGCAGCAGCAGCAGCAGCCACAGCAGCAGCAGCAGCAGAGGAGAAGCAGGAGAGCCUGCCAGCCACUGAGCUGCAGCAUAGACGUGAGGCCAGUGCAGUGCGGGCUGAUAGCUGCUUCCGUGUCUUUGACGCCCGGAGCAGCAGCAGCAGCAGUAGAAGAAGCAGCAGCAGCAGCAGCAGCGCCAGCAGCAGCAGCAGCAACCGCUGCAGCUGCGGGCCGCGGGCCCGGCGCUGCGCGGCUGCGGCGCCUCUCAGACCCCACACCUUUAAAAGCAGCAGCAGCAGCAGCAAAUGCAGCAGCAGAAGCACCGGCUGCUUCUGCGGGGUGUACGUACACCCCAAGCUGCGCAUACACCCCACAGCGCAGCGCCCUCUUGCGGCUGCAGUCCUUCCCCCCGCUGUGCUGCACCUCGGGCCGCGCUGCUGCAGCAAACGGGGCUGCGCUGCCCGCUGCAGCAGCAGCAGCAGCAGCAGGCGAGGAGGAGGAGGCAGCUACGUCGCAGACGGCAACUGCUGCAGAAGCGGCGGCAGCGGCAGCAGUAGCAGCGACAGAAGUUGCUGCAGCAGAUGGUGCCGCAGCAGCAGACAGUGCUGCAGCAGCAGACAGUGCUGCAGCAGCAGCAGCUAGCGCUGCAGCAGCAGCUCUGUGGCGUGGCUGCGAUUACGAAGGGGCCUUGUCCCUAGGGGGAGAGGCCCUAGACAGCAGCAGUAGCAGCAGCAGCAUUAGCAGCAGCAGCAGCAGCAACAGCAGCACGUCACAACUACUACCAAGCGCCAAGGCGGAAGCAGACAAAGGCGCUGCUGCGAACCAGCCGCAGCAGCAGGAACAGCAGCAGCAGCAGCAGCAGGGGUUGGAAGGCGUCAGUGUUGUGCAGGCAGCAGGCGUUGCUGCUUAUUGGAACUGCUGCUGCUGGAGGCUGACUUCGAGGCAGCAAGUGAAACCCGACUCGUCAGCCUUUCUUGCUGCCUUCCAGCAGCAGCAGCUGCAGCAGCAGCAGCAGCAGCAGCACGGGUGA